GCGCCUGGAAAAGAGCGCCUGCCACUGCGUUUCCCUGUUAAUAGCUCAAAACGCUCUCUAGACCCUCUAUAACCGAUCGGCACCCGUUAGAAGAAACCGUUCCUCCAAUUUACGCUUUUUCAAUAAACAAGUCAUUUUAAUAUUUCGUGGGUCAGGGUUAAAAAGAUGAUUAACUUUAUAGUUUUCGUAAACUGUAAAAGUAAAGGCGAGCGCAAAGACGCACGUAGCCUGCUUGGAUAGAUGGUUUGAUCGUUGUUGUGCGUUUCCUUCAGAGCAUUGCAGACUGACCAAGAAGAAUUGCAAGUGACAAGGGGGGAUGCAUCACUCCUUCAGCCUCCUCAGGCACUAGCCUGAUCUGAACCAGCUGAACUAGGAGAUCAAGAUAGAGAGAAAGAGAGAGAGAACGAGAUAGAGAGAUAAGGGUGAUUAACACACAAAUCACUACGCAAACCUGGUGUUUGUGGCUGUUGACACCACUUCAUCAACGCCGCUGACAUCAACAGGAAGUAGAUGGUGAGGCGACAGAACGAUAGGCAAAUGGAAAAACCGAUAACGAUCCACAGGCAGAGACAGAGAGAAAGACCGAGAGGACGAGAGGCGAGUAUGUGAGCGCGUCGCCGGAUGACGUUUCGCACGGGCCAGUGGAGCAAUGCUUGCGCAGAGUGAAAGUCUCCUACCCAUCUCCUGCCGGUCUCACCCCGCGGCUGCCUCUCCCCGCGCCCUGCUAUGUUGACGGCCGACUCUCUGGUGUACAUGGGCCUGGAGGUGAUCAUCGCCAUCCUCGCCGUUGUCGGCAACGUGCUGGUCUGCUGGGCCGUCUGCCUCAACAGCACGCUGCAGAGCAUCACCAACUUCUUCGUGGUGUCGCUGGCGGUGGCCGACAUCGCCGUGGGCCUCCUCGCCAUCCCCUUCGCCAUCGCCAUCAGCACGGGCUUCUGCGCCAACUUCCACGGGUGCCUGUUCAUUGCCUGCUUCGUGCUGGUGCUCACCCAGAGCUCCAUCUUCAGCCUGCUGGCCAUCGCCGUCGACCGCUACAUCGCCAUCAAGAGCCCGCUCAGGUACAACAGCUUGGUGACGGGCAAGAGGGCGAAGGGGAUCAUCGCCGUGUGCUGGAUCCUCUCCGCAGGCAUCGGCCUCACGCCCAUGAUGGGCUGGAACAAGGGCCUGACCACCAACAGCAGCAGCUUGUGCCCAGAGAGCUUGACCGAGUGCCUGUUUGAGGGCGUGGUCACCUUGCAGUACAUGGUCUACUUUAACUUUUUCGGCUGCGUGGUGGCGCCUCUGGCGGCCAUGCUGGCCAUCUAUGCCAGCAUCUUCAUGGCCGCUCGACGCCAGCUCAGGCUCAUGGAGCUCAAGGCGGUGCACGGCCACGCUCCCGGGGCGGGCGCGGCCCCCGCCGGCUCGUCGGCGUCCCGGUCCACUCUGCAGAAGGAGGUGCACGCCGCCAAGUCCCUGGCCAUCAUCGUGGGGCUGUUCGCCUUCUGCUGGCUGCCUGUCCACCUCGUUAACUGCUUCAACUUGCUGUGCCAGGAGUGUGGACGCCUGCACAUAUGGCUGAUGAACAUUGCCAUCCUCCUCUCCCAUGCCAACUCGGUGGUCAACCCCUUCAUCUACGCCUACCGCAUACGCGAGUUCCGGCUGACCUUCCGGAGGAUUCUGCAGCAGCAUGUGUUGAGGCAGAGGGACGGGCAUGGCCGGGCGGGCGGCAGGGGCGAUGGGGGCAGCACCACCGUGCGCACGUCCAGCCGUAUCAGCAUGGUGGAUGGCUCCAGUGUGACGGUGGUGAACAACUAUGCUCGGGACCCCCCCAGCACGAGCCACACUCCCAAACACAGCCCCCCUAUGACCCAGGAGGCCCACAGGGUCGGUAGAGACGUCUCCUCCACCCCCUGUCCUUGGACACCGCCGCCCCACUCAGACCCUGCACCAAUCAGUGUCAUCAGCAAUGGACACCAUAAAUUGGAGAACUCCAUUUCGGAACUAGGCCCGACUGGCAUUUUGGGACAUGUAGUUCAAGGUGGGACUGAGGCUGCACACUGUGGGGGAACUACAACUCUACUGAUGGAGGUGAAGGAUGGAGGACACAUUUUCUUUGUUAAUCCAAGACCCUUGUCCCUCACACAGACUAGCCCAACACGCUCCGUUGAGCUGACUGAAGUGGCAUGACAGCUGUUUGUAUUUUCUACAUUAUUAUCUCAAGGUUAUUAGAUCACAUGACCUUUCAAGACAGGAAUCCUCAUGUUGGAGCAUGGCUUCAUUGUGGACGAGUCACAUGUCAUGAAUUAAGAGAGGGAGAAGAAGAGAGUUACCAAAGAUAAUGUGUCAAUAUCUUUUUAAUCUGAAGAGGGGGAAGAAAUUGGAGGCUGGAAAACAGGGGUGGCGCCAGACAAUUUUGAAUGCAGGUGCUGAGGGGGUGCCAGAUCAUCGACAGGGGGAUAGUUGCACAAUUAUAUAUAUAUUUUAUAUAUAAAUACUAUUAAUAAAUGAGUAAGACUUGGCCGAUCUUGAUGCUAAUUUGAAUGGAACUGCAGUUGUGCUAGCUGCCGUCUCUGCAUCCGUGGCAAACGCAUCAGCGGACUGCUCCGUGUCAGACUCUGUACAAUUGACAUCCGAUUCUCCGAUCGGAUUUUCCAGAAAUUAUUUUUUGGGGUGCUAUCGGGGUGCUUUGGUCUUUCUUGGCGGAGCUGAAGCACCUGCUGGCCCCUCCUUAGCGCCGCCCAUGCUGGAAAAGCUGCAAUGAACUGUUACAGGAAUUUGACCUGUUAAAGAAUUCUGCAUGAACUAGAACUUUUCUGAUUUCUCUUGAUGGAUUGUACUAGAUUCCAGUUGACACCUUGUUUAGGUUGUUGACAUGGAAACAUGUUUUUACACAAUGUAUCUUUCCACAAAAAAUGAUGUUCUGUACUAAUUUCACAUUGCCAUGUUGUACUACUGUAAGUUGUAUACGACCAUGACCAAAUACAUGACUGUACUGUAUGAUUCCACACAUUUGGGCAUGAGUUUAAAUAAAAAUAAAUUUUGCACCCAAAACAGCUCUAGUUAUUGUGUAGAGAGAGCUUCGCAAAUAGUUUGUUAGCUUGUAAGAAACAAGUAGACAGUUUAACAACAUUUAUUAUUCCAGUAAGAGAACAUGAUCAAGGUCAGUGAAUGUCUGUUUUCUCCUUGGUGGUAAACCAUGUAACCAUAUUUAAGGCCUGAAAAUCACUGCUCCUACUAAGUGAGUGCAACUGCAUUGUGAAUGUGACCAAAGCUCACAGUUGCAAUACGAACGUUUAAGUCAUCGUCAGAUUGAUCAGAUCAACCAAAGUGUAUUGUCAAAUGAUGGUGUAUGUACUGUACUGUUACUAUGAUUAAAUGUCUUUGAAAAAACGAUCUUGGAUUGUAGAUUGAUGGCCAUUGUCAAUGGUUAAUUGAUUAUUGAUCACACCUAUUAGUGUGUGUACUGUCACUGACAGAAAAAGACAUUGACUGAAUAAUUAGUUCAACACUCCCUCAAGGCCUUAUACUAAUUUCCUGAUAAGACAAAUGUGAAGCAUAUUUCAAUUGAAUUUGGGAUUGUUAUGGGCUGUAAAAGGGGAUUUGAUUGAACAGUAAAUCACAGCUGUAGUAAAAAACAAUCGCAUUACUCUGAGGGGCAGGAUCAAUUUUUGUCAUAUAACCCCAGGCAACUUUUCAAUGAUAGUUUAGGAGUCUGACUGUAGCUACAGAUCCCAGAGGAUUGCCAGUUUGUUCCGAUGGCAGCUUGAUAGGCCACAGACUACCUAGCUUCAAACAUCGUCUGAUUCAACUCACAAUCUCAAAAGGCAGCUUCACUGUAGGGCUUUCCGACUGCCCCAAACAAAGAAAUACAGAAGUGUUCUACAUCGCUUGGUCUAUUCAUAUAACAGUGAGUGUGCCCUUGUUCCCCUUCAAGGGGUAAACACACACCCGCAGGCACACACACUGACCAACCGGUGUGACUGUUUACGGACGAGCUGCUGACGCCAGUCACUGGGCCUAAUGCAAUGGAAAUCAAAUGAAGGUGCAUUCGAUGAUGUCUUUUAUUAUGCCAUUACACUUUCCCUUUCCUCAUUAGAAAGCGCCUUCACUGUGGGAAAGGCCUGCGCUAAGUAGAGUCUGCUUCCCAGGAGCAAUCUCCUGAUGGAGGGAAGGGGGGCCGGCUUAAGUGCUCAAAGCAUUGAUUAUGUGGUUGUGUAUUUGUGCGUAUGUGCACACCUGUGCGUGUGUGUGCGCGCGUGUUUGUGUGUUGGAGGGGUUUCAGUACAGAAACAUUAUGGUAAUAUACUGACCAAUUUAUCACGGAAGCCAAUUUGUAAACAAUGUAUGCAAAUGCAGAGCAGACUCCAGGAGACUCCUCAUUACGUUUUUGUUUUGCGUUACUAAAAAUAAUCAAUGCAGUAUGAUGGGAAAUAUGAAAAUGAGGCUUACUUAUUAUCUACGGUAAUUUAGACAAUCAUUAAACCUCUCACCAAAUGUUGUGGUAGAUUUAUGUCUCGAAAACGGCAUAAUGAGAUGUCGGGGAGGCACAAUGACUGACAGUAGAUGACAGACCCUCUGGUGACUCAGUGUCCUGCAAG